CACAAAGGCGAGAAAGGGGGGCCAAAGGACAGAACUUUCCUUCAGGGUAUCUCCACCAAGCUUCCCACUUGCCCUCUCUCUACUUUUCAUUUUUCUUAAGGGACUUUUUCUACACUCUCUCUUCUGCUUAACUCUAAUUUCUACUUGCAGGAAACAUAUUCUAAUUAACUAAGAGCAAAUAGGAGGGAGAAAAUGUAUGCAGAUGCAGGGCCAGCGUUACGAUUCAUGCAGGGUUGUUCUCCAGAAAUCCAUCAGUUCGAAGACCUCUUUAAACCCUACAAGCUCUCUGAUCAAACGAUCAGUCUUGUUGAGGCAUGUGAGUAUGGUUUCGGAGAAGAGAGUGACCUAUUCAAAGCCCCUGAGCCAAUCAUUGAAGAACCAAUGCUAGCUGUUGACCCUCUCUCUCAAGAGAUUAUUGAACUCAGCGAUCUCGGGUCGUUGCAGAGUGACCAACAGCUUAUAGAAAAGGCUUUCUACGAGUGUGAACAGGACCUCCUAGUGGAGUCUCCUCUCUCCGAGGUAGUACUAGACACCAAGAACGUCUCUCUAGUGUCGGAAAUGGACAGUGCUGUGAAGAGUAGUAGUGUAGUUGCUUCUCAUGUCUCAGUUCCUAAGAGCGUGAGCUCGGAGAACCUGAGAUCGAUGGAUAUGCCACAGCACGAGGAUGCUGCGAUUCAGAGAUUCUUCCCGCUAGUGGAUAAUGGAAUGAGAAGAGCCUUUAGCGAAAGUGAUAUACAGAGACUGGGGACUAGAAACGCUGGUCAGGUUCAGUCACAACUGGAUCGGAUAAUAGUAAGUUGCACCUCUGAGGACCGUCGUGAGAAGCUUUCUAGAUACAGGGACAAGAAGAGCAGGAGGAACUUCGGGCGUAAAAUCAAGUAUGCUUGCAGGAAGGCUCUUGCAGACAGUCAACCGAGGAUCCGAGGAAGGUUUGCAAAACCAGAGGAGAUGCAGAAAUGAGAUGAUUCAUUAGUUAUGUUACCUGAAGAUGAGCAAGCAGAACAGUUUGAUGCAGUGUUUUUGUAUAUAAGGGUUUGUCUGAAUAAAGCCUCUCAGGAGUAAGGAUUAGGAAGGAAAACAAGUUGUAGUAAGGUUACUAAAGUGAUAUGCUUAUGUAUGUUAGAUCUUGUGAAGCUCAGUCUCUAAGAAUCUAAAUUUAUAAGCUGUUUAAUGUUCCUUUCUAUAGUUUGACCGUAUAUAUUAACAGUUGACGUUGGUAACUGUUUGAUUAUUUGGAUGAAUGAUUGUGAAUGUGCAAACUACAAAGGUAAUAACAUUUUGAAAAUAUGAAGAAAAAAAAAGAUUCUAGCUAAACAUUGUCACCAUCUAGAGCUUGUGCUUAGUUCUUAUCAUUAACAGGCAUUACUGAGGCAUUCCAACCCUGGCCUUGCAUCUGCCUGUUUGUAGAGUAUGGACCGAGUUGCGUGUUCCCUUACUUGUGGUUGGAAGUCUCCAUCGUUUGGCGUGCGAGGCAGCUUUGAUAAGGUUGGUGUGGUUGUGUUUGUGGAAGGUUCUGGGUGUUGGGCUAUAGAAAGCUGUAGCUGUUCCUCUCGAUCAUUGGCGUUUUUUCCUAUCUUAAGUCUGCUAAGUUUUAUUUUGUUGUACCUUCUAUGAGGAUAUUCGUGUUUAGUUGUUGUUGAUUUUCCUGUUGUGUGGUUAUUGUUUUCUUUGACUCAUUCCGGUGUGGGGUUGAGGUGUCCCUGUGUUGGUUUCAGCAGUCAUUUUCUAUAAGCUAUGUUAUUGUUUUCUAUAUGUGCCUCUGUGUGGGUUUUAGCCGUCCUUCGUAUGGACGUUUUGGGGUCAACUCGUUUGGCUGCC